GUUUUCAUUUAAUUCUCUUAUCAUAUGCACAGAAUAUUGUUUUGAACGUAAAUCUUAUUGGUUAAUUCCAUGUGCAAAAAGUCGAUAAUUUUCCCUUGCAAAAGGAUAGAAUUGGCAUACUGUAUAUGAAGAGAGAGAAAUUAUUUCUACUGUAGGUAAAUCUUUGAAAGGAAGUUGUACUAUUCAAUCAAAACCCUAUAACUAAAACUUUUUACCAGUGUAUAUAUAUAUAUAUAUGCGUAAAAAAAAUCUUCAUCAUCAUCAUCAACAUCAAAAGACUAAGAGAACUACUACCUUUCAAAAAAUAUCAACCAAGAACAAAUCUCAUAAUUCCAAUUCAAAUAAAGUGACGACAAUUCAACAGUCGAAUAAUUCUGAACUAAUUCAGAAAACUUCUAAUCUGAAGAAAUUUAAAACUAUCAUCACACAACAAUUUUACAAUAUGAUGAAUAAAAAAUUUCUACUAUCUUGUUCAUUAAUUUUAUGCUUUUAUCUAUGUAUUGUAUUGAUAAAAUCUACAUCAUUUGAAAAUAAAUUCAAUCAAGAUGAGAAUGAGAGUAAUAAUAAAAAACCAUCUAAUUUAUUAUAUGUAACAUUGAAUGCAGACAAUGUAAAUCAUGAUCAAGAUUUCAAUCAAGAGCUGAAUAAUGAAUAUGACCUACAAAUGCAACAACAUUCAAAUCGUUUAAUGCCGCCAACAUUAUGUAUUGGUGUGUUAGUUCGUAACAAAGCUCAUACUCUACCAUAUUUCUUAAAUGGUAUAGAAAAACAACAAUAUCCAACUAAACGUAUUAUAUUAAUAUUUUAUCUUGACAAUACAAUUGAUUCAAGUGAAAUAAUAUUGAAUGAAUGGAUUCAAUGUAACAAAGAUAAAUAUCAUAAAAUAAUUUUUGAAACUGAAAAUUCGAAUACAACUGAGUCAGAAUAUAAAAAUUUGAGUAAAAUGUGGACUGUUGAUCAUUAUCUACAUGUUAUAAGUUUACGUCAAAAAUUAUUAGAUAAAGCUCGUGAUCUAUGGGCUGAUUUUUAUUUAUCUAUUGAUGCUGAUGUGAUUCUUAUGAAUCCAUUGACUAUUGAACAUUUAAUAAAUGUCAUGCUUGAAUCGAAAUCUAAUACAAAUUCUAAAACUGAUGAAAAUAUAAUAAUUUUGGCACCAUUGAUGAAUUGUACCUCAUCUGAACAUUAUUCAAAUUUUUGGGGAGCAAUGCCUGAAGAAUGCUACUAUUUACGUUCAGAGCAUUAUUUUGAUUUACAAAAACGUCGUAUACAAGGUAUAUAUCCUGUAGCUAUGGUACAUUCAAUAUUUUUAAUUAAUUUACAAUUUUAUCAAUCGGAACAAAUUGGUUAUUCACCUGCACCAAUAAACUAUACAGGACCAAUUGAUGAUAUGAUCAUAUUUUCUAGAUCAGUACAACGUGCAGAAAUUGAUUUCUAUUUAGAUAAUACACAAUUUUAUGGAUAUAUACCAUCACCGGUUGAAGAACAAGAUCUUGGUUUAUAUUCACAAGAUUUAAAUCAUGCAUGGCUUUUACGUGAACAAGAUCUAUUUGUUCAUUUACGUUUACAAGCAAUUAUUGAUCAAGAGGAUAAACAAAGAGUUCUACCAUCGGAAUGUUUAUUGCAUAUUGCUGAAAAUCAGCUACCGAAAUCAGAUAAAUUAAAUUUUGAUGAAAUUUAUUUUAUUAAUUUAUUAAGACGCCCUGAUCGUCGACAAAAAAUGGAAUAUAUGUUUCAUCAAUUAGGUAUCAAUGCGAAACAUCAUGAAGCUGUUGACGGAAAAAUGUUAACUAUAAAAGAUUGUGAUGAAUUAGGAAUUAAACAACUUCCAGGUUAUACAGAUCCUUAUCAUAAUCGAUCGAUAAAAUUUGGAGAGAUCGGUUGCUUUUUAAGUCAUUAUAACAUAUGGACUGAGAUGAUCAACAAUGGUUAUAAUCGUAUACUAAUUCUUGAAGAUGAUUUACGUUUUGCUCCCGCUUUUGUUCGUAAUUUAAAAAAAGUUAUUAAAGAAGCAGAUGAAAAUGUUUUGAAUUGGGAUCUACUAUAUAUUGGACGUAAAAGAAUGUCAAAAUCAGAGAAACGUGUACCGAAUACAACUAGUUUAACUUAUCCUGAUUAUACUUAUUGGACACUUGGUUAUAUAUUGAAUAAAAGUGGUGCAGAAAAAUUAAUUAAUCAAAAACCUUUGCAAAAAUUAAUUGCUGUCGAUGAAUAUCUUCCAGUUAUGUUUGAUAAACAUCCUAGAAAAGAUUGGUUAGUUCAAUUUGAACCACGUGAUUUAAUUGCUUUAUCAGCUGAACCAUUAUUGGUUGAACCACAAAGGUAUACUGGUGAAAAACUUUAUGUAUCUGAUACAGAAGACUCUGAAAUUUUCCCUACUGAUUAAAUAAUAUUUGUUAAAAUAAACAAACAGAAUAAUGAAAUGAUAUUGUACACUUUCUUUACAAUUUGUACAUUCCUUAGUAGGAUUUAUUUCAUUUUUUUUUUGUUAAAAAAUAAAAACUUAUGGUCCAUUGAAUUUUGAAAAAAACACGGAGGCCAUUUUGUGUUGUAGGUGAAUUCAUAUUUACAAAAA